UCAAGACUUUAGUCAGUCUCGUUUUGACGGUUUACGGUGGUGAUCAUUCAUAGUUCUGGUUUAGAUUUCAAAAAACACAACGCUGUUUUAUCGAAGACUUGUUUUUCGUUUUAUAUAUUUUUUUCUUUAUUUUUUUCAUUUCAUUUAAUUUUUUUUUUGUUUUUAUACUACUGUGAUUCAUAAAGCACUUUGUGUUGUAAAAAAAAGUGCAAAGACCAUAAAAUUAAAACAAAAAUAAAAAAUAAAACUACAACAAAAUAACUGGUUUUUUAUACAAUUUCAAAAAAAAAAAGAAAAAUACAAAAGUGCAGAAGAGUUUCAACAGCAACUGAAAGAAGAAGAAAAAAAAAAGAAGUGUCUAGAAUAAAUUUUGAAUAGAAAAUAAUUUGUAAAAUUUUAAAUUAAUGAAAACUAACAACAACAGCUACAACAACAUCAUCAUUACGAUCAGUUAACUUGAACCAAAACCAAUUUAAUAAUAAUUACAAUAAAUUACACUGACAGUGAAUAGAGUACGAGAUCGUGCAAGUGUAUCUGUGUGUGUACAAACAAACCAAAAGAGAGUAUAUCUUGGAAAAAAAUCUAAACCAAUUUUGCUGUAUUAAGACAUAACAGACUAUAAAACACCAUGUCACAGCUUAAGUUUUGGAACAAACAGAAUAAUAAUAGUAAAACUGAUAAUAGUGAAAAUACAGAAAAUAAAAAUGGCACCACCACCAAGGAAGAAACCAAGGGCGGUAAACGUAAUUGGUUGCAUACGCCGGAAGCUUUAAUCAAUGGUCAUGUAGUCUAUCUAGUCAAGUUCUCUGGCAGUCUACCAGUGGAUCAGCCCAAGGGUAUUGAAGUUGUUAAGGACACCAUACGUAAACUUCAAUUUGCCCAGCAAAUGAAAAAAGCCGAAACGGGAACUCAAGAAAAAUUCAAAAAAGUUGAAAUAACUAUCAGCGUGGAUGGUGUAGCGGUACAGGAGCCGAGAACACAGAAAAUCUUACAUCAAUUCCCUUUGCAUAAUAUAUCCUAUUGUGCCGAUGAUAAGGGUGUCAAGAAGUAUUUUAGUUUUAUUGCCAAAACUGUUAAGACGAACAGCGAAAAUAUGACCAAUGGUCGUGGCAGCAGUCCGGAUGGCUCCACGCAAUCAUCGUCGGAAGAAACACAUGAAUGUUUUGUAUUCAUUUCCAAUAAGUUGGCUUCAGAUAUUACACUGACUAUUGGUCAAGCCUUUGAAUUGGCAUUUAGAAAAUACAUCAACACCGCAGAAAAAUCCGAAUUAAGCAAAGCUCAACAACAAAUCACAGACUUAGAGAAAAUCAUUACAAUUUAUAAAAAUCGCCUGCGUGAGUUGGCUUUAAAAAUACCCAAAAAUGAAAUGGAUACAUAUUUAUUCCGAGAGGGCAUUAAGGAUAUCGUUGAGGUGCCAGUGUCUACAACACAAAGCAUAACAGCAGGAGAUUCCACCAAUUCGUCUGCUCUAACAAAUGGUACUAAUGGUCUUAGCGAUAACAACAAUGAUAGAGCUUUGUUAAUCGAUACUAACUCCUGUAAUACGUCAUCGAAAAUGUCCACAACAUCGUCAGCAUCAUCAACAUCAUUUUUACCCGCUGUACCACCGCGCAACUCAAUGCCAACACAAUUGUUAACGAAAAACAAUAAUCAGAAAAUGGAUGAAUUACUAUUGAAUUCAGAUUCUGAUAGUGAUUUUGAUCCGCGUGCAGAAGAAUCGAAUACAGAUGGUAAUAGCACUGGUAGUGGUGGUAAAACUAUGACCAAUGAUUUAUUUGGUUUUGAGCCCUCAAAAUCCUUUGGACAACAAUUGUUUUACAAUAAUAAUGAUAAUAAAUUUAUCAAUAACAAUAAUACCAGCAUCAUUAGCAAUAAUUCCAAUAACAGUUUUAGUGAAUUGACUAUAACGCCACCUUUGUUGGCACCACCACCUAAAGUGUCAGCUUCACGCCGUAGCACCUCGGUUACCACACCCACAGCUGCCAUCACUAAUAACAAUCACAACAUCAUUAGCAAUGGCAAUAUGGCCGAUCUAUUUGGCUCCGAUCCUUUUGAUACGGCUGUUACUGUUACAAAUGGCACCAGUAUUUUUCAAAAACAAGUUAGUAAAAUGUCCGUAGAUGAUUUCACUUUGGAAAGUUUGGAUCCCUUAAAGUAAUUGAGAUUUAAGUUGUGUUUGAAAAGAAAAUAUUGUUAUUAUUAUUUAAAAUAAAAUCCUUUUUCCUCUGCCUCCCCCCUCAUCUUCAAUGAAACGAAAUUAUAUUUUAAGAUUUAUUUAAAAAACAAAACCUAAAUGAAUAUGUAAAAAAAUGCUUUAAACGCUACACUUUUAUAAUAAAAACUAUUACUACUAUUAUUUAUAUGAAAAGAAAAAUUAUAACUAAUGUAUAACUAGGAAAAGAUAAUUAACUGAAAAAAAUUAUUAUUGUGAAUUAUGUGAAAAAAAUUGCAUUAUUUUAGGUAAAAACAGUGAGUAAAAGUAAGGAAUUUUAAAAAAUUUUGUAAAUUUUAAAACUUUGAAAUGUUGAAUUAACGUCCAUCCAUCGAAAUCCGAAUGGAAUGCGCGGAAGGUUUAGCAAUUAACUAAAAAUUUCCAAAAAAAAUCGUUCUGAAAUAUUUUGUGAAAAGAUUUUGAAAUAAUUUAGAAAUUUUUUUCCGACCCUUUUAACAGAAUAUAUUAUAAAUUAAUCGAUCCUUAUUUGAUAUUUGAUUUGUCAUAUUACGAGACCAGUUAGUAUCAAAUUAAAGACGUUUUGUUUGUGCGAAUAGAAUAUUUACGGAAUAAUAUCCCGAUAAAAUAUCCGUGAAAAUCUUUUUUUCUUUUUC